AGCGUCUGGGACAUCGACGUGGCGCGUGCGGCCUUUGAAGCCUCCGGUCUCAAGCCCAUCCACAUCCGGCCGCUGCUCGGCUGGCUGCUCCGCCACCCAGAGGUGCAGAGCUGGGAGGACGUCGGCGCGCGCUGGGAGUCGGAGGCGCUGCUGCGCAACGUGCCGCUGGCGGCCAGGAAGCUGCUCUGCGCGCGCUUCGCCGUCUCGUCCUCCCGCGUCGAGGCGAGAGAGGACUCGGCCGACGGCGCCACCACCAAGCUGGCCGUCGCGCUGUCUGACGGCCUGCGCGUCGAGACGGUGCUGAUGAGGCACGGCGGUCGGACCACCGCGUGCGUCUCGUCGCAGGUCGGCUGCGCGAUGGGAUGCACUUUCUGCGCCACCGGCACGAUGGGCAUCGUCGGCGACCUGACUGCGGGAGAGAUCGUCGAGCAGCUGCUCCACGGCCGGCGGCUCGGCCUCAGCGCCUUCUCGGAGCCUUCUCGGAGCCUUCCUGCAGGCGAGCCGCUCAACAACUACCGCGCGGUGACGUCCGCCGUGCGGCUGCUUACCGACGCCAGCCUCUUCGGCCUCCGCGCAAGCAGCGUGACCGUCUCGACUGUCGGCGUCUGUCUCGCAAAGUGUCGUAGGAGCUUCGCCGCCGACCUGCCCGGCGUCUCACUCGCGCUCUCGCUCCACGCCCCGACGCAGCACAAGCGA